CACGUCUGACCCCGAACCGGCCUCAGCCUCCCCCAUCUUGCUCAAGGACUUCCGCAUCAGGAUCGCGCGAGUUUCGAACACAGACGCGGACACACACGCACACGCACGCAAACCGCACCGGUCUAUUGUCACGGCCAUGGGGAGCAUCCGCAUCCCGAACUUUCCGGCGUUCUGCAGCCCACACUUCGAACUACGGUGCAACGCCCACUGCCAUACCGUCACGCUCUCGUCGGAGAAGUGGGCUCUCGCGAACCCCCUCUUCCUUGAUGCGGACGAAGAGUCUCGCCUGACUGGAGCGCGGCUCGGCCUGCUGGCGGCGCUCUGCUUCCCGACAUGCGACGCGGGGCAACUCCUGUCGAUCACGAAGUUCCUGAUCAUCCUCGUGCAUUGGACAGAUAAGCCGCGGUCGCUCUACGCGGACGAGGAGAUCUUCGACCCAGUAUGGACAAGAGCCUUCCGGCCGACCACUCGCCGGGACUGGCAAAAGCGCUUCCAGCGACAUCUAGCCGCGUUCCGUCUCGGACAAGCGAUUACAGCACGAAAUGCGGCGGAAAGCGUCGUCCCGGACCUGGAAUCGUACAUCGCAAUACGACGCGACGCAUGUGGCGUGAAGAUGCUUCUUGACCUUAUCAUCUAUGCCGGAGGACUGGUCAUUCCACCACAAAUCUACGACCACCCUAUCUUACGACGAUUACGACAAGAUGCCGGUAAUAUUAUCGCUUGGGCUACGGACAUCGCGGCAUACGCACGACAUCCACGAACGUCAAAUAUCGUGACGGUAGUCAUGACAGAGCGAAAAUUCGCCCCGCAAGGCGCAGUCCACUUUGCGGGAAACCUCAUCAAGGAGACCUUCUGCACGUUCCUCCAGAACGAAUCCCAGUUACCCAUGUUUGGUGAUUGGGACGACGACGUGCGCGCAUACGUCCGAGGUCUUCGGGACUGCGUCGUCGGUUCACUACACUGGCUAUACGAGACCGAUAGGUUCUUCGGAGAGGUCGGCGAAGACGUUCGGACUUCCGGUUGGGUCUUCGUCUCAUGAGCUCACUCGCCGCAAGCGACCGUUGCUACGACCCCGCACGCCGAGGACACCCCGUCACGAAUUCCAUCACGUUCACGCCGUUAUCACGAAUUCACUUUCGUACAUCGUACACCGGAUCUUGCACAUGGCACAUUCGUAUUCGUUCGUACCGCAAUUUUCCUCUCCUGGACUGGAAGGGUUUAGAUUACUACCACACACUGACUUCCCUGGCACCUUCAAGCUCCCCCGCUAACACGAUAUCCACUACACGUACUCAGCCUCGCAUAGUCUCUCCUACCGCUCCUACCACUCUCC